CCGUUCAGCUGUCGGAACGGAAGUGCGGACGCGGGGGACGCGCGGAGAGCAGCCGGAGCCGCAGUUUGGGCAGAACAACUAAAAUUUUAACAUUUGAAUAUGGAGACUGAAUCACAAGGCAAGAAACUAAUGGCGCCCACUGUAUCUCAGAUAAAUGCUGAGUAUGUUACUCAGCUGUCAAAUAAAUAUUGGGGGCCUCAUGUGAAGAAGAAAAUGACAUUUGAUUGUAAGGUUAUUGAGGAUGUAUAUCAAAAAGAAAUUGUAAAAACAAGAUUUGCAAUUAGAAAAAUUAUGCUGCUUGAAUUUAGCCAAUAUCUGGAGAACUAUUUAUGGCCAAACUAUUCCCCAGAAGUGUCUAGUAAUGCCUACUUGAUGUCCAUUUGCUGUAUGGUGAGAAAGUUUCGAGAAAAUGUUGCUGCCUGGGAGACGUUUAAACAAAAGCAGGAGCAUUUCCCUCACUUUUUCAAAUGCAUUUUGACUGCAUCUCUUGCUGAAGAAGAUGAGAAACUUUCUUUACGGGAACAGACUGUCCUUUUGGUCUUUCUUGAUCAUUGCUUCAACAGCUUGGAAGUGGAUCUAAUUCGAGAACAGGUGCAGCGGCUUAUCUCGCUUCCUAUGUGGAUCUGUCUGCUUCCGUCACGACUUGACCAAGAACUGAAGAAAACGCCCAAACUGAGAAAGUUCUGGAAUUUGAUUAAAAAGAAAGAAGAAAAGCUGGAUGCGAAGUCCAUAGAACAGAGUGAUCAAGAAAAACAAUUUCUCUCUUGUCUGAUCAGGAAGUUCCUAGGAGUACUAAAAAUCAUCCCUUCUUCAGACGCUGGUUGCAUUGACAAGGUCCAUUACAGUGAGAGAUUUAUCGAGCUUAUGAUAGAUCUAGAGGCAUUACUUCCAACUCGACGCUGGUUCAACACUGUAUUGGAUAAUUCACACCUUGUCACGCACUGCUAUCUGUCACAUCUGGCCAAUAAAGAGAAACAGGGACGACUUUUUUCUCAGCUCCUAGAUAUGAUGAAAUUCUACACUGGUUUUGAAAUUAAUGACCAGACUGGAAAUGCUCUGACUGAGAAUGAGAUGACUACAAUCCAUUAUGAUCGCAUCACCUCUCUCCAGAGGGCAGCCUUUGCUCAUUUUCCAGAACUACAUGAUUUUGCUUUGUCUAAUGUGGCAGCUGUUGAUACUCGAGAGUCUCUUGUUAAGCUUUUUGGAUCACUCAACCCCAAUACUCUUCACCAGGUGGCGUCAUACCUUUGUCUAUUGCCAACUUUGCCUGAAGGAGAGAAUUCUUGCUAUGAAAAGGAGUUUCUAUUGGAGAUGCUGGUAUCUCGACAUGAACGGCGGACAUCCCAAAUUCAACAAUUAAAUGAGAUGCCCCUUUACCCCACAGAGAAAAUCAUUUGGGAUGAAAACAUUGUACCAACAGAAUACUACUCAGGAGAAGGCUGUCUUGCGUUACCAAAGCUGAAUUUGCAGUUCUUGACACUUCAUGACUACCUACUGAGGAAUUUUAAUCUCUUUCGCCUGGAGUCUACAUACGAGAUUAGACAGGAUGUGGAAGAUGCAAUCAGUAGACUUAAACCAUGGCAAGGAGAAUAUGGAGGAGUUGUGUUUGGUGGAUGGGCCCGAAUGGCACAGCCUAUUGUGACUUUCUCCAUUGUCGAAGUCGCAAAACCUAACAUUGGUGAAAGCUGGCCAGCAAGAGUUCGUGCAGAUGUAACCAUCAAUCUGAAUGUUAGACCUCAGAUCAAAACGGAAUGGGAAGCUCUCCGCAAACAUGAUGUAUGCUUCCUUAUAACUGUUCGAACGGUGCUGGCUUAUGGUACAAAAUUUGACCGGAAGCAACCCUUUGCAACACAGACAGGCCUCCUUUAUGUGCGAGGAUGUGAAAUUCAAGGCAUGCUGGAUGAGAAAGGACGGGUCAUUGAAGAAGGUCCUGAACCUAAACCAAAGUUGAAAGGUGACACGCGGACUUAUAGAAUAUGGUUGGAUCCUAACCAAUAUCAACAGGAUAUGACCAACUCCAUCCAGAGUGGAUCUGAAGAUGUGUACGAGACCUUCAAUAUCAUUUUGAGAAGAAAACCCAAGGAAAAUAAUUUCAAGGCAGUGUUGGAGACUAUCCGGAAUUUAAUGAAUACAGAGUGUGUGGUCCCUGAUUGGCUCCACGAUAUUAUCCUUGGAUAUGGAGACCCAGGAAGCGCUCAUUAUUCUAAAAUGCCAAAUCAAAUUGCUACAUUGGACUUUAAUGAUACCUUCCUCACUAUUGAUCACCUGAAAGCUAGUUUUCCUGGGUAUACCAUUAAAACCACAGUUGAUGCUCCUGCUCUGCAGAAACCUCCCUUCAGGAUUACAUUGCCGAUAGCAAGUGGGAAAGGAAAGAAACGAAAAGUGGAUGAUGAUGAAGAGGGGAAGGAGGAUUCCAGGAUUCUAAUUGUUGAACCACACGUGAUUCCAAACAGGGGUCCGUACCCAUAUAAUCAACCUAAAAGAAACACAAUUCAGUUCACACCCACUCAGAUAGAAGCAAUUCGGGCUGGUAUGCAACCAGGCCUAACAAUGGUGGUAGGACCACCAGGUACAGGAAAAACUGAUGUGGCCGUGCAGAUCAUUUCGAACUUGUAUCACAACUUCCCAGAGCAGAGAACCCUCAUCGUAACACAUUCCAACCAGGCUUUGAACCAGCUGUUUGAGAAGAUCAUGGCUCUGGACAUUGAUGAACGUCACCUACUCCGUCUGGGUCACGGAGAGGAGGAGCUUGAGACUGAGAAGGAUUUUAGCAGAUAUGGCCGUGUAAACUAUGUACUGGCUAGGAGACUGGAGUUAUUGCGUGAAGUGGGGCGAUUACAGGAAAGUCUGGAAGUUCAUGGAGAUGUCUCAUACACGUGUGAAACAGCUGGACAUUUUUACUUGUAUCAAGUGAUGUCUCGUUGGGAAGAAUAUCUCAGUAAAGUAAAAGCUAAAAGUGGAACGUCUGGUGAUGUUACAGCCGUGUCUAAGCUCUUUCCAUUCCACAAAUACUUUGCAAAUGCACCCCAGCCUAUUUUUAAAAGCCAAUCCUACGAAGAAGAUAUGGAGAUUGCUGAAGGCUGUUUCAGACACAUCAAUAAAAUAUUUACUCAGUUGGAGGAAUUUCGAGCUUUUGAGCUGCUCCGGAGUGGUCUGGAUAGGUCAAAGUAUCUAUUGGUGAAAGAAGCAAAGAUCAUUGCCAUGACUUGUACUCAUGCUGCCUUAAAACGACACGACUUAGUGGAGCUGGGCUUCAAGUAUGAUAAUAUCCUGAUGGAGGAAGCAGCACAGAUUCUUGAGAUUGAGACCUUCAUCCCACUCUUGCUCCAGAACCCUGAAGAUGGCUUCAGUAGAUUGAAACGUUGGAUUAUGAUAGGGGAUCACCACCAGCUCCCCCCCGUCAUAAAGAAUAUGGCCUUCCAAAAGUACUCCAACAUGGAACAGUCUCUGUUUACCCGAUUUGUUCGUUUGGGUGUUCCAACUGUGGAUCUUGAUGCCCAGGGCAGAGCAAGAGCAAGCUUGUGCAACCUCUAUAACUGGCGUUAUAAAAAGCUGGGUAACCUUCCCCAUGUCCAGCUCCUACCUGAGUUUCGUACUGUCAACGCGGGACUUGUGUACAACUUCCAGCUUAUCAACGUGGAGGAUUUCAAUGGAGUUGGUGAAUCUGAACCUAAUCCGUAUUUCUACCAGAAUCUUGCUGAGGCUGAAUAUGCUGUGGCCCUUUUUAUGUACAUGCGUGUAUUGGGGUAUCCUGCAGAAAAGAUCAGCAUCUUGACAACGUACAAUGGACAGAAGCAUUUGAUCCGGGAUGUCAUCAAUCAGCGGUGUGGUGGUAAUCCUCUAAUGGGACAACCAAGCAAGGUGACCACUGUGGACAGAUUCCAAGGACAGCAAAAUGACUAUAUCAUCUUGUCUUUGGUGCGAACCAAGGCUGUUGGACAUCUCAGAGAUGUUCGGCGAUUAGUUGUUGCAAUGUCCAGAGCUAGACUUGGAUUGUACAUCUUUGCAAGGGUGUCGCUCUUCCAGAACUGCUUUGAACUUACGCCAGCCUUCAAUCAACUAACUGCUCGACCACUUCAGCUACACAUUGUGCCCUCAGAAUACUUUCCGAUCAACCGAAAGAAUGAUGAUAUGCUGCCACCCCAUUUGGUGAAAGUUAUCAAGAAUAUGCCAGAAAUGGCAAACUUUGUUUAUAAUAUGUACAUGCACAUGAUUCAGAGCAUGAGGCAAUACAGACAGCAAUUGCUUCCACCUCCAAAGGCCAUGCCUCGACCAGAGCCGGUACCUGCUACGAACAUUGAGACUGUGGAGGAAGAAAUGAAAGCCCCAGUUACUCAGGUUAAGAAUGAUGAAGUUAUCAGUAAGGAACGCAAUGAAAUGCCAGCACAUCCCGGCAGGGACAGUGAUAGUGAGGAAAGUGAAGCUGAAGGGAACAUGGAAAGCUAAUCUGUUACUCAAUAUUCAAAUAGAUUGUAUGAGGAAGUAAAGGUAGAUCUUUGAAAUGCAAUGUAACCUAAGACAGUGAAGCUGACAAGAACAUGGAAAGGUUAUCUAUGUGCAGAUGUUCAUCCAUUAGAUAUUGUGGUUGGCCAUGAAAUUAUUUCAUAUGUAAUUAUGUGAAGUGGAAUGGUUUAUUUUGUUUCUGAAAGCUUUUUCAAUAAAUUUUUNAUAAAAUGUUUCAUCCAAAA